GUCUUCCUCUUGUGCUGCUCCAGCGCCAUACAACCUCGCCGUUCAAACGGUAAAAACUGAAUGAGCCUCCGCGAUUGUUGAUGUUUAUCGAUUCUCGAGCAGCUGACUGGGCUGCCAGAGCACCAGCAUCUAUCAGAGCUGUCUCUGCCCCGAUUGCCAUCAACUAAUACGCAAACAGCAAACAAAACGCGUUAAUAUGCAACAAAAAUAGUGAAACUGUCGUAUUAAUUGCGUCCUGGAGCAGUUCUGUUUGUUUAUUUCCGCAGUACGCCUUCCCACCUACCAUAUUCCGAGUCUGGCAAACAGCUGUUUGGUGGCCUAUCGAAACACAUUUGCUCGCCGCUUUGGCGCGCGAAAAACCUCGGGGGCAUAUAAUCACGGAACAACACCAAACAGAGCGCAGACAAAAUGCCGGAGAGUGUGAUUGCCGGCAUACCGGUGCAUUUUCCCUUCGAGCCGUACGAUGUGCAGCGUGCCUAUAUGGAGAAGGUGAUCAUUUGCCUGCGGGAUGGCACAAACGGCGUCCUCGAGUCGCCAACGGGCACCGGCAAGACGCUGAGUCUGCUCUGCGCCUCCCUGGCCUGGAUACGCACGCGACAGUCGGAGCACCAGCAGCAGAUGAUUAAGCUGAAGGCGACCAGCAAGGAAGGUGGAUCCGGUCCGGGCGGAGAUCUUAGCGAGCUGGCCAUGACCGUGGGCAAGGCGAACAAUUGGGGCGUACCGAAGGUGAUCUACGCCUCGCGCACCCACUCCCAGCUGAGCCAGGCCAUGCGCGAGCUAAAGCGGACCGCCUACGCGAACAUGCGGUCGGUGGUGCUGGGCUCGCGGGACCAGCUGUGCAUCCACCCGGAGGUGAUGAAGGAGCAGGGCAACUCCAACAAGGUGAACCUCUGCAAGCUGCGCGUCCACUCGAAAACCUGCUCCUUCCAGCUGCGCGUCGAGUCGAAGAAGGACCAUCCGGACUUCCGUGGGCCCAGCAUCAUGGAUAUCGAGGAUCUGGUGAGGGUCGGCCAGAAGCUAAAGAUGUGCCCCUACUUUGCCUCCAAGGAGCUGGUCGCCCAGGCGGACAUCACGUUUAUGCCGUACAACUAUCUGCUGGACCCGAAGGCGCGCAAGGCCAACAAGAUUGAGCUGGGGAAUACGAUCGUAAUCCUGGACGAGGCGCACAACAUCGAGAAGAUCUGCGAGGAGUCCGCCUCGGUGCAGAUACGCUCCUCCGAUGUGGCCAUGGCCAUCGAGGAUGUCACGCACAUCAUGAAGGUCUUCACCAGCGGCGAAUCGCAGGACGCUGGCGGCGAUGAACCCAAAGACUUUACCCUGGACGAUCUCACGCUGCUCAAGGAGAUGCUCCUCGAGCUGGAGAAGGCCAUCGAUGCAGUGGUGGUCGAUAAUCCCACGGAUGGCACCACCUAUCCCGCCUCCCUGAUGUACGAGCUGCUCGGCAAGGCGAACUUCACGUACGGCAACUGCGCCACCAUUGUGGCGCUGCUGGACAAGCUGGUGCAGUAUCUGAUGGUCGCCUCGCAGCACAUGACCAUCCGCAAGGGUGGCACCUUCUUGAUGCUCAGCGAUCUGCUGACCAUUGUGUUCGCCAACAAGGAGAGCAUCAUGAGCAAGGUCCAUCUCAGCUUCAAGGUGCACGUGCAGGUGGAGGAGGCCAACAAGCAGCAGGGCAAGGGUGGCGCAGCGCCCCAGGGCAAGCCCCAGCAGGGCUGGCUAAGCAAGGGCAACAUCACGACGACGGGCGUCAGCAACAAGGCGGCGAAGAUAGUCAAUUUCUGGUGCUUCAAUCCCGGCUUUGGCAUGGAGCAGCUGCUCAACACCCAGGUGCGCAGCGUCAUCCUAACCAGCGGCACGCUGGCACCCCUAAAACCGUUGAUCGCCGAGCUGGCCAUACCGGUGGCCCAGCAUCUGGAGAAUCCCCACAUAGUCGACCAGUCGCAGGUCUAUGUGAAAAUCAUUGGCACUGGCCCGGACCGACAGCAGUUGAUAUCCAAUUUUAAGAAUCGGGACAAUCCCAAGUACAUUAGCUCGCUGGGCCAGACUAUUCUGAAUGUGUCGCGCAUCGUGCCGGACGGACUGCUGGUGUUCUUUCCCUCCUAUCCGAUGCUGAACAAAUGCGUGGACGCAUGGCAAGCCAGCGGCCUGUGGGCGGACAUCUCGUGCAAGAAGCCCAUUUUCCUGGAGCCACGCGGCAAGGAUCAGUUCACCAGCACCAUGGAGGAGUUCUAUCAGGCGAUACGCGACUCCAAGGGUGCCGUUUUCAUGGCCGUCUGUCGGGGCAAAGUGUCCGAGGGCCUGGACUUUGCCGAUCGCAAUGGACGGGCCGUCAUCAUCACUGGGCUGCCCUUUCCCCCGCUUAAGGACCCCAAGGUGAUACUGAAACGGCGGUACCUGGAGGCGAAUCGCACCAAGGAGAACCAGCUGCUCAGCGGCCAGGAAUGGUACAACUUGGAUGCCACGCGAGCCGUCAAUCAGGCAAUUGGUCGCGUCAUUCGGCAUCGGAACGACUACGGUGCCAUUCUGCUGUGCGACUCGCGUUUCCAGGACGCAUCCCAGGUCCAGCAGCUAUCCAAAUGGAUACGCGGCCAUCUGGGUGCGCGGCCGCAGAGCUCGCCGUUUGGUCCCAUUGUGCGCGAGCUGCGGCAGUUUUUCAAGAAUGCCGAGCAAACGAUGAAGCAGCCGGAUGUGCGGGAGGAGGAACAGCCACUGAUGAACGUCUGCAAAGUGGAGGAGGAUGAGCCGCUGCCUGUCAUACCGACAAUCAAACGAGAUCCAGGAAACAAUGCCACAUUCCGCAAGGCCAACGAAACGGCCAUAAAGGUGGAGAUGGCCAACUCUAUCAAUUCGUGGACACCGGCAGACUAUGCCAGCGCCGCGGGUCGUACCCUGGGCCAUGCAGCACCCAAUGCCAUGGAUUUUAUGAGUCGCCUGGACUCGAAUGUCUCGAGCAUAGACUUCAACUGCAGUGAGAAUGGCAGCAGCAGCAGCAGCGGCAACGGCAGUGGUCUCGUGAAGAUCCAUAAAAGGGAGCGCAGCUCACCCAGCGCCAACGAUUCAGUCGCCACACAAGCCACUAAAAAGCGCUACAAAUUGGUGGAAAAUAUCAAAACGGAGCCCAGCAGUCAGAGUCAGGCGAAGGUGGCGCCCGUAUCGCGGGCAGACUUUCUGCGCGAGCUACGGAGUGUCGUCAAUCAAGAUCAAUUUCGGGAUUUUGGCAAAGUGCUGAUUGAAUACAAAAACGGCACCGACGAGAAUUUCGAGGCCCUGAUGGCUGUGCUCCUGGAGAUUCUGUCGGCACCCAAAAUGCGUUACCUUCUCCUGGGCAUGCGUCGUUUUCUGAGGAACGAGCACAAGGCCGAGUUCGAUGUGCGACUCGCCAACCUCAAUUUAGCCUAACAAUCCAUGUCCAAAUGAAUGAAUCCUUCGAUUCAGUAUUCAAAAUUGUGUGUUCAAAGAGCGGCGGGGGCAGGGGACCUUUAUAUCUUGUAAUUUAGUUUUUGUUGCUGUCUUUUUU